UGGGGCAAAUCCUUUUCUCAUUCUUCCAACGGUCACACUUCCUCCCAAAUUACCCGGAAUUGCCCGGUCUAGUUGCCCUCGUCGUUUGGCCAAAAUUGUUUCACAUUUCAAGUAUUCUCCUAUUUCUAAAUUAUGAGCGAACCCCUCAAACUCAAUUGUUCUCUUAAAGAACGCCAUUUUACUUUAGCUUUGUUCUUAACAUCGCAAUCAGUCGAACUGCAUUUGGAGGACAAAUCGUCCAAGGAAAAAUGGGUGUCUUCCCUGGUUCCAUCAUACAUCGAAAACAUGACAAAAAGGACUGGGAAUUAUAAAAACUUUCAUACUUUUUCUGAAAUGUUGAAGGCUUUGUUCAAAGGGACGAGCACAUCAAUGGAUUUGGAACUUGUAUACCAGAAGGAUUUGGAAGCCAUGGGUUCUAACAGAUCAAUCAACAUAAAAGGUCCCAAAUAUGCCCACAUCAAAUCAGGGCCUACUGGCGCCGUAGGUAAUAACCUGGGAUUGCAAAGUAACACAGGAGGAAAGGCGAGCAAAGAAGAGGACAAUUUAACGCAAAGGAUAUACAUAAUAAUAAUUUACUCAGGAGAAUUUGAUAAAACACACUAUCCGAUACCCUUGGAUUAUCAAGGAUAUCCGAAUAUACAAGUCAUGUAUGGAUCUAUAGAGCAUCUUCAGAAAGAAAAUGUAAGAUUGAGAAAAGAACUGCAGACUGCUUAUGUGCUUAUUAAAGCCAAUACCAAUGAUAAAAUUCCUCAUGUUAAGCACCAUUGCUCCCGCCUUUCUGCUCAAACUUUAAGACUUCUUAAACAAGUUGACGCUAUCAAUAAAGAUUUGGUUGACCUUGUUGGAUUCGUCAUGGAAAAUCAGCCUUUAUUGUCGAAAGAAAGCGAAGACAAAAGCAACCUACAGAAUAACAGAAUUGCUCUUUUAGAAGCAGAAAAUCAACUUCUCAAUAUAUUGUAUGGGAAACAGAAAAAGCCGAACGAAGAGCAAACUUCGGACUUUGCAAAAGCGACGCCUUGUGAACCCAGGCAGAGCACUCGUUUCGACACAGCGAGCACACGCAGCCCCGGUCAACGCAGCAAGCAGGAACACCGUAAACUUUAGGCCCAGGCUAGGGCGAGAGGAAGAUAUUAUAUUCACAGAAACAUCAAGAUCUCCUCCAUUUGCACCUAGGCUCGGACGUAUGGUCCCAUUUUCCCCUCGAUUUGGCAGAAUUUCUGAAUAUAAUAAUUAGAUUUGUUACUGUUUAUCUGUUUAUAACGAUGAGUUCUAAAAUGUUUGAUGAUAUUUCAAUUUUCACUAGUUUUCAUUCUUCAAAGCAAAUUGCAAUUUUCCUUAUGAUUGAUAUUAAAAUGUUCUUCAGUAAAAAAAUUAAUGUUUUAAACUGAGUACAAACUAAAACUUCCGUUUGUUUCCUCUGAUUUAUUACCUUUUCCUAUCGAUCUGUCUUCUAUGAAGGCAAGCAUGCAAUUUUAAAGCUUGCUUUCUUUGUUGUGCUGUCGAUUAAAUUGUUGUAAACAAAA